AUGAAUCGAGUGGUCAGUUCUGGCAGUACAAGUCCUCAGCGGAGGCGUCUGGUGUUGGGGAUUCUCCUCCUCCUCCUGGUGGACAUCAUCUGGGUGGCUUCAUCAGAACUGACCUCGUACAUAUUUCAGGAGUUCAAUAAACCAUUUUUCAGCACCUUUGCGAAGACCUCCAUGUUUGUUUUGUAUCUUCUCGGUUUUAUUGUGUGGCGUCCAUGGAGACAGCAAUGUACGAAGCGUGUGAGGGGGAAACGCACAACAUUGUUUGCGGAUGCUGAAAGCUAUUUUGCUGCGUGUGCGUCGGAGAGCGCGGCGAGUCACACCCUGAGUGAGCCGCUUUAUGUUCCCGUCAAGUUUCAUGACCUGCAGAAUGAGAAGGUGUCCGUGUCAAAAAGUGCGAGUGAGGAGAAAGCCAUCAAGAAGCCGCGGGUCAGGUUCAGUAACCUAAUGGAGGUGAGACAGCUCCCAUCCAGCCAGGCUCUGGAGGCCAAAUUAUCCCGCAUGGCCAACCCCCCACUCCGGGAUAGCGAGUCCAGCCUGAGGACGAGCGGGAGAUUCUCCAUCUGUCAGGUGGCCAAGAUCAGCUUCUUCUUCUGCUUUGUGUGGUUCCUGGCCAAUUAUUCCUACCAGGAGGCGCUCUCUGAUACCCAGGUGGCCAUCGUCAACAUCAUCUCCUCCACAUCAGGUCUGUUCACAUUGAUCCUGGCGUCUGUCUUUCCCAGCAACAGCGGAGAUCGCUUCACUCUCUCCAAAUUAUUGGCGGUUGUUCUGAGCAUUGGAGGCGUGGUGCUCGUUAGCUUGUCUGGAUCCGAAGCAUCGAGAGAUAAAGACACCAUAGGUAACACCAAAUUAUCUACAACCCCCCCCCCCCCCCACCUAUACAUGUCUACACAAUAUUAG